CAUGCGCAGUAAUAGUCCACGCUGCUGCAGAGUAAACAGAGUAAGUUAGCUCUGUGCUCUGCGACUUUGGAGGACUUUAAAGCGCAUUAUAGGCAAAUUUCACUCCUUCUUUCAUCGGGCAGCUGUAUCUUCUUCACUAUGAGCGCACAGCCUGUGCUGAGAGUGUUCGUGACAAGGAGGAUUCCUCAGGAGGGACUGGAGCUCCUGCAGAGAGCGGCAGUAUGCACUGUGUCGCUGUGGGACUCAGAUGAGCCUGUUCCUCGGGCAGAGCUCCUCAAGGGUGUGGAAGGAGCUCAUGGUCUUCUCUGCCUGCUGUCUGACCGCAUUGAUGCUGAGGUGCUGGACGCAGCUGGCCCCAACCUGAAAGUGAUCAGCACAAUGUCUGUGGGAUUCGACCACCUUGCCAUUGAUGAGAUAAAGAAACGGGAGAUAAGGGUGGGCUACACUCCAGACGUGUUGACAGAUGCGACAGCUGAGCUGACAGUAGCUCUGCUAUUGGCUACUGCUCGACGCCUACCUGAGGGCAUACAGGAGGUGAAAAGUGGUGGCUGGAGCUCAUGGAAGCCACUGUGGCUGUGCGGUUAUGGCCUUUCCGGCAGUACGGUUGGGGUUAUCGGUCUGGGACGCAUAGGCCUGGCCGUUGCACGCAGGCUGAAGCCAUUCGGGGUGAAGAGGCUGCUUUACUCAGGGCGGCAGCCGAAACCACAGGCCCAAGAGGUGGACGGAGAAUAUGUGCCGUUGGACUCCCUGCUGUGUGAAAGCGACUUUGUCGUGGUGUCGUGUGCUUUGUCUCCUGAGACUCAGGGUCUGUGUGAUAAAGCCUUUUUCACCAAGAUGAAGACGACGGCGGUCUUCAUCAACACCAGCAGAGGAGCUGUUGUAAAUCAGGAGGACCUGUAUGAAGCCCUUACUGCUGGUCAGAUCGCUGCAGCCGGGCUUGAUGUGACGACCCCGGAGCCACUGCCCACUGACCAUCCGCUACUGGCCCUCAAAAACUGUGUGGUUCUACCCCACAUUGGCAGUGCUACCUACUCCACACGUGGCAUCAUGGCUAAGCUGACUGCUAACAACCUGUUGGCCGGACUGACCGGUGAGGCCAUGCCCAGUGAACUAAAGCUGUAGCGCCCCCCAGUGGGGCCUGAUAUAAACCCCAGCACUCCUCCAACAUCCAGCACUCAGUGAUGACUAGUUUUCAGAAAUUACUUAAAGGAAUCAUCUUACAUUUAGCUGAAGCUACAGAUUGUUAGUGUGCAUUGUAUGAUUGAAGUAUGUCUUUGAUGAUCUGUCUGACAUGGAAGCCAGUAUCAAUCACUUUAAAAACAUUAAGCCAUUUAGUAAGACAGUGUGUCUCAUAAUGACUUAAUAUCUCACUUAUGAGGUGACUUCCUACAGUAAUGACUUCAUAAUAAGGUUUUCAUAAUUGACUUUUCUCAUUGGGUUUGUAUCUCAUAUUAAGGACAAAGAUUCCCAUAUCUUGAAUUAGUAUCAGUUAUGACUCACUAUUUCCCGUUAGAACUUUCUCAUAUGUUUAAAAAAGUAUUUCAGAAUGAUGACCUAGUACCUCAUUAUUGUGAGAUAUUGUCAUAACUGAAAUAUCUCAAAUUUGACAUUGUAUGAUGUAGGACCUCAUUAUGAGAUAUUAAGUCUAAAUCUAAAUGAAUAUUAAUUUAGAUUGUAUUCAGUUUUGAGAUACUCUGUCAUAGUAACAAGAUGAUUUCCUCCAUUAUGAGAUGCUCAUUUUCUUGUGACGACUUAAUAAUCAUCUUCCAGAUGGUGGGAAUGAGCUUUCAUGUCAUUAGUGAGCUAUGUGUUCUUUGAGUCAAAACCUUUUCUCUUCCUUCAUAUUACAUUUAUAGAGUCAGUAAUAAUCCAGUUGUUUCACUUUCUGCACUAAAUGACACUUGUGAAGGGAUUGAUGUGCCUUGUAUAUCAUUUUCUAUAAGGUCCUUUAGGUCCUGAGUUUACACAGAGCAAAUAUUUCUUUAGUGGAGACUCAUUAAUGCAUAAUCAUUGUCAUAGUAUAAUAAUCUAUAUUAAUGGUGCUGAAGAAUUUUCCCCAGGUGAUGCACAUACAGACACUCCAGCACAGAAUUAGUAUAGUCCAUAAGUGUUCAUCCUCAUUCUGUCUAUGUUGGAGAUUGAACAGGGACUCUUAACACUGCUGUUAAACAGUGGCAGAGUUGUUGUUUUGGGACAGUGUAACGUUGUGUAAUUUUGAUUUAAAAAGUGUCUUAAGACAAUAUAACUUAAUAAAUGUAAUGCCUGAAGUUCAA